GACAUCUCAGCAUCUUCUCCCCUGGUCUUUGCCAUGGGUGUGAGGGUGUCCCACUCUCCCCUGGCCUCACAGCUCCCUCAAUGAAUCUAUCGUAGCUUCUCCACCUGUUUCAGAGAGCCUGCUUGACUGGCAACAGUGAGCCUGGGGAAGAGAAGGAUAGUACAGCUCUCACUGGUCAUCAGGGUUGGUGGCAAAGGCAGAGCAUCCCUUCCAGAGGGACCGUCUGUGGAGAAAGCUGUUGCUCUUGCUUGUCUCAGGGAACUAACAACUCGGCUAAUGCACUCGAGAAGCAUGGCAUGCACGUUCUGAGAGUCCCUGAGCUCAUAUAGCUGUCCCCUGCCCAGAGCACGCCAUCUGGAGGGCAGCAUAGCCGACUCUGAAAAGGACACUAUGGCUGAGUCAAGGCUGAUGGUGAGGAGGAGGGGCAUGAGGGCAACGUGGGGACUCUUAGGAUCCAUUUUAUCAGGACCAGACACAGCAUAGAGAAAAGUCCACUGGUAGACCUGGUUGCUGCGGGAGGACAUGUGAGCCCAGAAUGCACGUGUCUUGACAUCAGGCCACUCUGAGCAGUUAUGUGCAGGGCCCAGGCUGACUUCAAAAAGGGCAGAGAGAUGCUGCAGCCUGAAGGGGACAGUAAGCAGGGUGGCAGGCUUCCCACGAGGAUGGAAACUUGGGAAUCCAUCUCCUGCUUUUCUCUACAAAUUAUUAAGCCAGCGUUCAGAAGGUGAAUGGGUAUGACCGCUGUGCUGUCACUGGUCAGCUCUAUGACCCUGGGCUUCAUGAUUAACAAAUAUCCAGGAGCCGCGCAAUGUGGUACCAAUUCAGAUCUGCUCACUAGUUGUGAGGCAGUCGCAGACUAUCUGUAUUGCAAGCCACCAGAGGCUGAUGACAUUCUGCACACUCCUGGCUGUGUAAUACCGGGACUCAGGGAAGGUGUGCGGGCAGGUAUAGCUGUCUCUCCUGGAUGCCAAGAUUUGGGACCCUGAAGUCUCCAUGGCUCCCUACCACAUCCGCCAGUACCAGGACAGCGACCAUAAAAGUGUUGUGGACUUGUUCUCUGGGGGCAUGGAGGAGCACAUCCCUGCCACCUUCUGCCACCUGCUGCUGCUGCCCCGAACCCUCCUGCUCUUACUUGGGGUGCCCCUGGCCCUGGUCCUGGUGUCUGGCUCCUGCCUGCUGGCCGUUGUAGGCAUUAUCCUUUUGCUCCUACUCCUGCGGCUCCUUGCCAGACAGCCCUGGAAGGAGUAUGUGGCCAAGUGUUUGCACACAGACAUGGCUGACAUCACCAAGUCCUACCUGAGGGCACAUGGCUCCUGCUUCUGGGUGGCUGAGUCUGCGGGGCAGGUGAUGGGCACAGUGGCUGCUCCGCCAGUCAAGGAUCCUCCAUUAGGGAGGAAGCAGCUGGAGCUCUUUCGCCUGUCUGUGUCCUCACAGCUUCGAGGACAGGGGAUAGCGAAAGCGCUGGUCAGAACUGUCCUCCAGUUUGCACGGGACCAGGGCUACAGCGAUGUUGUUCUUGAGACCAGCACUAUGCAGCAAGGUGCUGUGACCCUCUACCUGGGCAUGGGUUUCCAGAAGACAGGCCAAUACUUCAUGGGUGUCUUCUGGAAGAUAGUAGAUAUUUGUAUAAUUCAACUGAAGUACUCCUUCCCUUCCGCCUAGGAAGCGGGGCUGUGCUCUAUGUUCCUAUGCACUCUGCUACAGGACCCAGUGAACCCUGUCAAGUCAGUGUGAUGAACAAUAAAAGUUCCUUGCUGGUGUAUACCAGAUUCCAAUA